AUGGGCAUCCCAACGGGCGGUGUCAUCGCUAUCGUCAUCGUCGCCUGUCUGGCGGCCGUGUCGCUGGGCGCCGCGAUCACAAAACAUUUCUACAAUGAGGGGUCCGACAAUCGAUACCAGUUCUCCCGCGAGCAGGAGCUAUAUAUGCGGUCGGUGCGGAUGAAAAACUUUGGGAUUCACCGACAAGAGGCGCGGACGAAGGACAAGGACCUCGAGUCUGCUGUGUAUACGGAAGAUGGCUCGUCACGGUUUUGA